CCCGCACAGUAAGGGGGUGUCCUCCCCUGCCCUCUCCCCUCGGCUGGAGGUACAGCAAUGAGCGCCUCACACACAGGCAGGGAGAAGGGAUGUGCUGUCUCUGCAGCGCUGACCGUGACACACUCAGCGGGUCAGGUCCAUCGUCCCUUCCAGUGUCUGGCUGCGCUCCCCCGUGCUCGGAGUGGAUGGUGCCGGAGUGAGGGGGAAGAUGGCGUCUCGUUGCUUAGCGUUGUUGUAAUCUGGUGUCAUAUAAUCCCCGGAUACAUACACACACAUAGCACCAUGUCUGACUCCGAGGAGGAGAGCCAGGACCGGCAACUGAAGAUAGUCAUCAUAGGAGAUGGAGCGUGUGGCAAGACAUCGCUGGCCAUGCGGUUUGCCCAGGAAUCAUUCGGAAAACAGUACAAACAAACAGUAGGACUGGACUUCUUUCUGAAAAGGAUAACGCUGCCAGGAAAUCUAAAUGUUACUCUUCAAGUGUGGGACAUCGGCGGACAGACGAUAGGUGGCAAAAUGUUGGAUAAAUAUAUUUACGGAACACAGGGGGUUCUUCUAGUAUAUGAUAUUACCAACUACCAAAGUUUUGAGAAUUUAGAAGACUGGUUUUCCAUGGUGAAGAAAGUAAACGAAGAAUCCGAAGCACAGCCAUUUAUAGCCCUGGUAGGCAAUAAAAUUGAUUUGGAGCACAUGCGAACAGUAAAAGCAGAUAAACACCAGAGAUUUUGCCAAGAAAAUGGUCUUGGAAGCUUCUUUGUUUCUGCAAAGACUGGAGAUUCUGUUUUCCUGUGUUUUCAGAGAGUCGCUGCCGAGAUCCUCGGAAUCAAAUUAAACAAGGCAGAAAUUGAACAAUCUCAGAGAGUGGUGAAGGCCGACAUCGUGAACUACAGUCAAGAGCCAGUAACCAGAAUGGUCAAUCCCCCUCGGAGUUCAAUGUGUGACAUUCAAUAAAAGCCCAUUUGAUUGAAUUAAGACGUUUCACCUAUUGCACAGCCCAGUGGUUCAUCAUGAACUUCAUGCUAACAGCGACAAUCUUGAUAAUGCUUUUAAAAGGUCUCAAAGACUUACUACAAUAUUUUGUUUUGUGAAAGCAGCAGGCAGCCAGAUUGGCUGGGGUCCAAGGCCUGGACCACACAGUAGAAAUGUAAAUUAGAGCGGAGUUUCCAGCAUUCUGUAGCCUGUAACUUCGCCUUCAUACGUCUGCUGUUUCUAGUGCGAUAUAACAAGAAUACAGGUAACCAAAGCUUUGUGUAUUUUCAUACGAACUGACUGACAGGUACAAUGUACAGAUAAUGGAAUAUUUAACCCUGCGUAUGUACCAGGUUCUGUAAUUUGUUCUACAGCGUGACAUAUUGAGAACCACAAGAUGAAUGUACAGAUCUGAAAUCCUGCUCUAAUUUGGGUGGGAAAGAUGAUUGGGGUUUCAUCCUGUUCAUGUCUUUCUAAAACCACUGACAAAUUCAGAAAUGUGCUCUGUCCUGAAUGUACAAUAUUUAUUUCUGUUCAUGCACAGUAAAGGAAUGCUACGCUGGUAUUUUUGUACCGUAGAAAAAGUAGGUAUAAAAAAAUAAAAUGUGAGAUCGCUCAGCAAUAUUUUUUAGUGUUGUCGGGUGCUCCCAAAACUUUCAUUCCUGUUACUUUUUCUACAGUAUCUGAUGUAGUUCUGUAUAUUCUCCAGUGUACUGAAAUGUUCAAUUGAAUUGAGAAAGCUCACAAAAAAAUAAAGAAAAUAAAAAAUAAAUCGCAAGCUGAAAACAA